AUGCAGCAGCCCUCCUCGACCUUCAAGUGGGUUCCCACUUUUGAGCACUGGGCAAAGCGCACCUUUGCGACCGUCGACUCGAGACUCGACACCGCCGCCGUCACCAUCUACACGACCGUGACGCCCGACGCAUCGCAGCCGCGGCUCAUGCGCUACACCUUUGUGGUCCUCGACACGAACGCGUGGUCCAUCGUCCAGACGCGCUACUCAGAGUGCCGAUCGCUGUACAAGGCCGUCGUGGCGUGGGCGAAGACGCACCGACACGACCUUUGUGACGACGCGGCCUACCAGCUCGCAGCGUUCUGCGGCCAAAUGGACUUUCCCGCGCGCACGCUGGGCUUUGACGACCACUACACUGUGUACGCGCGCAAGGUGGCGCUCACGCGCCUCGUGGAGCUGAUGUACCUUGUGCAGCGCUGCCUCAAAGCGGCGGAUCGCCCGGCCUUCAACGACCUCCGCGGCCUCCUGAGCAGCUUUUUCAAGCCCAGCGACAGCGCGCUGGUCGCGUCAAGCACUGUGAUUGAGAGCGACGAGUGCGCGAUAUGCCUCGGGGCCAUGGGUGCGUGCUCUGUCGUGACGCUCUCGUGCGGCCACAGCUUCCACCAGCACUGCGCGCUCGAGUGGCUCCAGUACACCACCACGUGUGCCGUGUGCCGUCAGCCGUGCACGGAGGGUCUCCAUGGCCCGAUCAUUAACGCGCUACAAGCCUCCACAACGCACAUAUCGGCAACUUGA